AUGAGCGCCAUUGAGAUCCUCCCGCCUGUGAGCGGUCCUCCCGGACUCCGCCCUCCUCGAUCUCGCGGACGGUUCAGGCCGACACUCUCCUCGCUCGGCUGGAUCAUCCUCUACGCCAGCACGUUCCUGUACUACCAGCAUCGACUACGCGACCAGUCACACCGGCCAGCGCCUUCCUCCGUCUCUCCAGCCGUCUCUCACGCCUCGGACGCGACUCCGCCUUCAAUCGCGACAGCAAGUUGCGAAGUCUGCCACCUGAACCCCGCCGACCCACUCUGCGAGUACGGUCUCGACAACAUCCGACUGUCGCGCGCGUAUGAGGGAUCAGGGAUCCGGUUGCGGCGAGUAUUGGAGAAGGCACUUCGAGGAGAGGAGGUAGGGAUUGGGAUUUUGGGGGCAAGCGUGACGGCGGGACAUUCGGUGCCGUACGGGAAGCAGCGCUGGGAAGACCGCUUCUUCGAGGACUUUCAGAAGCUCUUCCCCAAGGCGAAGAUGCAUGUCGGAGCGGUUUCUGCGGUCGACAGCCGGUUCUUCGCCUACUGCUUUGAAGCAGUCGUACCGAAAGACCUCGACCUCUACCUCGUCGAACUCGACAUCAACGACCCUCCAGAUCUGGAAACGCUGCGAGACGUCGACGCUCUCAUGCGCGGCCUCCUCCAGCUUCCGCAGAACCCGGCAGUCGUCCGUGUCAGCGUCUUCGCGAUCGUCUUCGACGAACUCGCUCGAGGCGCUGUCGCGGGUCUCAUUACGAGCCAGUUCUUCGACGUUCCCGUCAUCACGAUCCGCAACUUCCUGCUCCCGCAAGUCAUGCACCACCGCGACGACGCAAACAUCAUCUUCGGACUCGAUCAAUGGGGCGGGCGGGACUACCGACAUAUCUCCGAAACCAGCCACCGCGCGCUCGCCGACAUGAUCUCGCUCUUCAUCCGAAAGGAGGUGUGCGAGACGCAGCGGCGGGACAUGCUUCCUCCGCCUCCGCAGCUCGAAAAGAGCGGGCCUUGGCCUGUCGAGGAGGACCUGGUCAAGCUGCCGCCUCAGACGCUGUUCGGUUCGUGGCUCCGCGACGAGCGACCCAAACCCGUCACUCCCCUCUGCCAAUCCACCAGCGCGCCCUUCUCUCCGCUCGUCCCCCUCUCGCACUCAAAGGCCUUCAAGAAAGUCGAAUGGAACGAAAAGAUCGCGUGGAUCUCGUCCAUCCCGGGCUCGCAAAUCCGUUUCCGCUUCACCGGCUCAAAAGUCGGCAUCUUUGUCUACGUGACGAACGGGUCGGGCAAGGAUGAGGCGAGUCCAGAUCCGAAAGUUAGGCUGAGAGAAGCGCCUGGGAGUGCGUUGUGUUGGGUUGAGGAGCCCGAGAUGGAUGAGAAGGAGUGGGAGGACAAGUUUGCGAAGGAGGGGAAGGAGGCAGCAGAGUUGCAGUCGUGGAUCGUCAACACUCACUGGCCCCAGAAGGCGGCGUCCGGGUCCGAGUUUGUCGAGCUCGCGGAUGGACUGCAUGCGGGCGAGCACAUCCUGGCGUGCGAGGUCUCGUCAGAUACGACAAGCGGCGGUCACAAGUGGCGGGUCCAGGGCAUCGCGAGUAUGUAG